UCAAACACGAGGGCGUCCCCGCAACGUCUCGCGAAGCCCAAGGUGAAAUCCGCAAAAUCGCCCACGCAUUCAACUCUACUCCUCGCUUAGCCACUCUACACGACGUCGCCCGGCCCCCACCUCGCCGGCAGCAACGAUGAACGGAGGCGGGCGGCGGCGGUACUCCUCGGAGCAGCUCCUCUUCGACGUCCCCGCCAAUGCCGGCGCCGGCCGGUGGGCGCAGCAGCGCGGCGGGUUGCGGCGCGGUGACGGCGAUAUCUUCGUGUCGGUGGAGCCGGCGACGCCGGCGGGGGAGUCGCCGGGGCAGAGGCAGCAGCUCAGCCCCGGGCUGUUCGACCUCCACGCCUUCGACACCGAGCUAAUCCCCGAUCUGCAAGUACCAGGGGCCUAUGACGGUGCUCAAAAGUUUGGCUAUUUGCAUGGAGGUGGGUUUGAUGAUUCAGAUAUGAGCUUCGCAGGAAAUAAGCAGUUGAGCAAGUCCACCGUUUUUGUUGAAAGUAACUACCUGAAGGCCUUCCCUGAGAAAGAGAAGGCAGCGCCUGUUGCGAAGAUCAAAGUGGUGGUGCGCAAAAGACCACUUAACAAAAAAGAAAUAUCAAAGAGAGAAGAAGAUAUCAUAGACAUCGAACAAAGAUCAAACUCUCUGACUGUCCAUGAGACUAAACUUAAGGUUGACCUUACUGAAUAUGUUGAAAAGCAUGAGUUUGUAUUUGAUGCUGUGUUAGACGAAGAUGUUUCAAAUGAUGAGGUUUAUCGUGAAACAGUGGAACCUGUGGUUCCUACAAUUUUUAAUCGAACAAAGGCAACCUGUUUUGCUUAUGGACAAACUGGUAGUGGGAAAACGUACACCAUGCGGCCCCUUCCUCUUAAGGCCUCCCAAGAUAUCCUGAGAUUAAUGUACCACACGUACCGCAACCAAGGAUUUCAGUUGUUUGUCAGCUUCUUUGAGAUAUAUAGUGGUAAAUUAUUUGACCUCCUCAAUGAUAGGAGUAAACUUUGCAUGAGAGAGGAUGGAAAACAAAAGGUUUGCAUUGUUGGUUUACAAGAGUAUAGAGUUGCUGAUGUUGAAACUAUCAAGGAGUUGAUUGAAAAAGGCAGUGCCACCAGAAGUACUGGUACAACUGGUGCAAAUGAAGAAUCCUCAAGGUCUCAUGCCAUUCUUCAGCUUGCUAUUAAAAGACGUGUUGAUGGCAAUGACUCCAAACCACCCAGACCGGUCGGCAAGUUGUCAUUUAUUGACCUUGCUGGCAGCGAGCGUGGUGCUGAUACAACUGACAAUGAUAAACAAACAAGAAUCGAGGGUGCUGAGAUCAAUAAAAGUUUGCUUGCCUUAAAGGAGUGCAUUAGAGCACUUGAUAACGAUCAGACUCACAUUCCUUUCCGAGGUAGCAAAUUAACUGAAGUUUUGCGUGACUCGUUCAUUGGAGACUCAUGCACUGUCAUGAUAUCAUGCAUUUCCCCUAGUUCCGGCUCUUGUGAGCAUACCCUGAACACACUGAGAUAUGCUGAUAGGGUGAAGAGUUUGUCGAAAGGAGGCAAUGCCAAAAAAGAUGUGCCUUUGGCAGUGCCUUCAAGAGAGUCUAGUCCUUCCCCACUGUCUUCAGUUGUACCCUCCACUGCAUCUGAGGUGAUGAAUGAUAUCACUGAAAAAAGUAAUUUUGGUUGGCCCAAGCAGCAGUAUGUCAAAGGUCAGCCAGCUCCAGCAUUUGCGGAUCGAAUGCCCAAGGUGAAGGAAGGGAUGGAGUUCGGCUCAUCAAGUUGUGCUUAUUUAAAGGAACAAAGAAGCAAGGGUAAGAUGGCACAAAACAUAGCUGAAGUACCAGAUACAAUGUACCAGCAGGGAAGGCAACUAGCAGGGAAGGUUAAAGAUUCUGCUUCGGAGAAUAAUAUGAGAAAUUCCAUUGCUUACCCAGUUAGAAGGGCUGAGUCAUACGAAGAAGAUGAACCUCUCAAUGAUCUACUCCAGGAAGAGGAAGAUUUGGUGAGCGCUCAUCGAAAGCAGGUGGAAGAGACCCUGGACAUCCUCAGAGAGGAAAUGAACUUAUUAGGCGAAGCAGAUCAGCCUGGCAACCAGCUAGAUGACUACAUCACACGACUAAGCAGUAUACUCUCGCAGAAAGCUGCUGGAAUUGUUGAUUUACAAGCCCGGCUGGAGCAGUUCCAGAGGCGUCUAAAUGAGAACAACGUGUUGCUAUAUGCGCGUCUAAAUGAGAACAACGUGUUGCUAUAUGCUUAGUGCCUUUGCUCAUAGUAACUUCAGUCAGCACCAACUGUUAGGUUAACAAGAAAGAUGGGCAUUGGCAGAUUCUGUCUGGGAGGUGGAAACCGAUGCGGUGUUUGCCGUGGCCAUGCCGCUGCAAUUCUGAAACUGUAGGUGCAAGGCAAGGGCAGAUCCAGAUGGCUAGUUCACUGCUUCUUGCCAUGAUGGCAGUUGGCCGGUUCACUGGUUCGUUCUUGGCAUGGCCGUCCGUGUGUUCGUGCGCCCCAUCCAUGUGUAUGUCACAUGAGUGCCCUGCUGUUUGUUGCUCAACAAAUACGCGAUUUGCAGAAUGUGAUCAUUUUCCAUCGUUCAGCUAUACA